AAACCAUCCCAUUUGCUCUCUCUCUCUCUUUUAUUUUCUCUCCCCACUUAUUAAUGAUAAUAAAUGACAAUGGUGGGCAGAGUCUUCAGUUUUGACUCUCCACCUUUUCCCCACUUUUUUCUUCCCUCCCCACUGUGAACUGUUCUUCAUUUUUUCUUCAAUCAAUAAAGAUUAGUAAGAACCCAACUUUAACUUUGCCAUUUUUGCUCCCUCCCUCAGUCCCUCUCUCUCUCCCCCCCCACUCUCUUUCCACUCUGCAUAGAAAUGACAGUGUUUUGCUUGGUGGGUUCUUGUCUUUUUUAUCUUUUCAAUACUCCAGUUUGAAGAUUGAAGCGGGGAUCUUGAAUUUUGGGUGCUUGGGGGGUGUUCUUGGGGUUUGUUUCGUGGUGGGUAUGUUGUAAAGAAUGGAAAUUCUGAAACUUUGAAUGCAUGGUUUGCUGAUACUUUGAUGGGCAUUUCUUACUUUUUAUGUGUUGAUGAGUGACACACUGGAAAUUGAGGUCUGAGGAAGGUUUUGGAACAGAGCUGGACCCCUCCUCAUGGGAGAUGCAGAGAGAAUGGCCCAACCUCCUCUGGUAGAAACAACAUGUUUCUGUCGGGUGGAUGCAGGCCUCAAGACUGUUUCCGGAGCCAAAAGAUUCGUACCUGGGUCAAAACUGUGUCUUCGACCUGAUAUCAAACACUCAAUUCAUCCAAUAAGUCAAAAGCCAUCCCGGGGAGAGAGAAAAACCCGAAACCAAUCCCCUCUCAUUCCUGGGCUCCCCGAUGACCUUGCCAUUGCUUGCCUGAUAAGGGUACCAAGGAGUGAGCACUGCAAGCUCCGCCUUGUCUGCAAGAGAUGGAACCGUCUUCUGUCUGGAAACUUCUACUACUCCCAACGGAAGACUGUCGGGGUUGCAGAAGACUGGGUUUAUGUCAUAAAGAGAGACCGAGAAGGGAAGAUCUCGUGGAAUGCUUUCGACCCAGUUUACCAUCUGUGGCAGCCCCUCCCUCCAAUCCCAAGGGAAUAUACUGGUGCGCGUGGAUUUGGUUGCGCCGUUCUGGGUGGUUCCCACCUGUACUUGUUUGGUGGAGAAGAUCCACAGGGUGGAUUGAUGAGACGGGUUAUUUAUUACAGCGUGAGGACUAACAAAUGGCACCGGGCCCCUGAUAUGCCUCGGAGAAGGCACCUCUUUGGUUCAUGCGUGAUAAAUAAUUGCUUGUAUGUAGCGGGCGGAGAGAAUGAGGGGAUUCAGGGUCUGCUGAGAACUGGAGAAGUCUAUGAUCCAAGUAAGAGCCGGUGGUCGUUCAUAUCAGAGUUGGGUGAAGGAAUGUUACCCUCCAUGGGGGCGGUUUAUAGGGGUGAGUGGUACCUGAAGGGGCUUGGGGAGAACCGGCAAGUCCUGAGUGAGGCGUACCAACCAGAGACAGACACAUGGCGGCCCGUCCAUGGCGGGAUAGUCUCGGGGUGGAGGAGCCCAAGUACAACCCUUAACGGGCGAUUCUACGCAGUGGAUUGCAGGGAUGGGUGCAGGAUUCGGGCUUUUGAUGAAAUGUCGGGUUCAUGGGCCAAGCACGCUGAUAGUAAGGUCCACAUGGGAAGCUCUCCGGCCCUCGAGGCGGCCGCUCUUGUCCCGCUCAAUGGGAAGCUUUGCAUUGUCAGGAACAAUAUGAGCAUUUCUCUAGUGGAUGUUUCGGGUUUUGAGAGGGAGAGUGGACCGAACUCUCUGGAUUUCUGGGAAAAUAUUGGUGGGAAAGGGCAGUUUAAGACCAUGGUGACAAAUUUAUGGUCAAGCCUCGCAGGGCGGAGCGGGCUUAAGAGCCACAUAGUUCACUGUCAGGUUCUUCAAGCUUGACCUGUUGUGUGUGCACGAUUGAAGUUCGUCUCGGAUUGGAAUUCUUCCAAGUUAGACUUGAGGAUUGAGAUUGAAUGUUUUGAAGGCUCCGAACUGGUAAGGAUGUCUGAGUUAAGAUGGCACUGCGGAGUUCUGAAUUCUUCUUCCAUAGUCGUUAGUAUGUUGUAAAAGUUGAAGAUGAAUGACCAAAGUCUGAUGUGUUAUAUAUAAAUAUAUAUUCUAUACAUAUAUAUAUAUAUAUAUAUAUAUUUUGUAUUCAUUAAGGUAUUAGUAUUUAGUAAGGAUUGUCCCUUAUGUGUUGCUGUUGCUUACAUUGACAUUUUGGCCAUUCAUCUUCUACCUUUCAAGACAGUUAUGUUUACAUCAGUAUAAUACUAUACGUUGUUAUGAAGG